GUCACGCGGCGCUUGCGCUCUUCACUCCCCAGAGCAGCAAGUAAACAGAGACGUCAGCGAGAAGUUUUGUGGCGUCCAAAACAAAAGGAAAAGUGUCAUUUAGCGUACCGGACCGGUACCGGGACUCGUAUAUGAGAUAAAACCCAAAUUAGCAACAGGUAUGAGGUUUCCUUCAUAGACAGCAGCGGGUGCAAAUCUAUCCCAGCAGCACCUCUGCGGGUGCAAAUACACUACCGGGAAGAAAGCGGACUGACGUCACCCAGAAGGAAAACAGGGAACCCCGGGCAGGCACCAGCAGUCCCAGCCAUGGAAGGAACUGAACCUGUCCCCGUGGAAAUUGAUCCCGAUUUCCAGCCUCAAGCUCGGCCCAGAUCUUGCACGUGGCCCCUUCCCAGACCUGAACUCUCUGUUGUCCCUCCUACAGUUUCCAGCGAGGAAAGUAGAACAGACACUCCAGAUGUUCCCCCCUUGCUGCCCACAGAAGGGGAAGACGGCUCCUUAGCGGAUGGGCCUGUUGGAGUUGGAGGAGGUGGUGGUGGGGUAACGCCAAGGAAAGGGGGAUCAAGGAGAAAUGCUUGGGGGAACCAGUCUUAUGCAGAACUGAUCAGCCAAGCGAUAGAGAGCUCCCCUGAAAAGCGGCUCACCCUGUCUCAGAUUUAUGACUGGAUGGUCAAAUCUAUCCCCUACUUCAAAGACAAGGGCGACAGUAACAGCUCUGCUGGCUGGAAGAAUUCUAUCCGUCACAAUCUGUCACUGCACAGUAAGUUUAUUAAAGUUCACAAUGAAGCCACCGGAAAGAGUUCCUGGUGGAUGUUGAACCCAGAGGGAGGAAAGAGUGGAAAAGCUCCCCGUCGAAGAGCAGCCUCCAUGGACAAUAGUAGCAAAUUAGCCAAAGUGAGGAGCAAGGUAGCCAAGAAGAAAGCAGCAGGUCCAGGGGAACCUUCUGUUGGCAGCCCUGGUUCACAGCCACCGAAGUGGCCUGGAAGUCCCUCCUCACAAAGUGCUGAGGAAUCUGAUGUAUGGACUAGCUUCCGACCCCGUACAGGAUCCAAUGCCAGUAAUCUCAGUCUUCGGCUGUCCCCCAUUUUGCCUGAACAGGAAGAUCUAGUAGAUGAAGAGCUCCAUUCUAUCUCUUUUUCAAACAGUGUCCCCCCUACUGUUACUGAAGAGUUGGAGCUGAUUGAUGGUCUUACUAUGUUGUCAUCUGGUCCCCCUGCAUCCCAACCUCUUUUGCAAGGAGCCUCCAGUUUUUCCAUGCGUUCUUCCCAGACUAUCAACUAUGGUAACUCCCUCUUCAGCCCCUUGGAUGUGCAGGGAUCUUCAUUUCCAAGGCCUCAAACUCUUGAAGCCCUGCUGACCUCAGACUCUCCUCCACCAAGCAAUGUCUUAAUGACUCAAGUCGACCCAGUAUUACCACAAAGUGGUGGACAAAGUCUCUCUCUACUUAUGGGUGGACAGAAUAAAGGAAGGACACCAGAUAAGCCUACUGUUUCACUGAAUACUGUUGUAACCUCCAACAAACUUAGUAUGCUAGGACUUCCUGCAGCCCCGUCUGUACCAGCUUCUAAGUCAAGCCCACUUGGUGGAACCCCAGACAGGCUUCCAAUAGACUUAGACAUGGACAUGAUCCUUGAGAACCUUGAGUGUGACAUGGAAUACAUCAUCAACAAUGAGCUGAUGGACGAGGGCGGCCUUGAUUUCAUCUUUGAACCUUCACUUCCUGGCACCAACCAGAGUAACAACCACAGCUGGGUCCCCAAUUUCUUGGGAAAACCUUGAGAUUUAUUUCUGGCCUCCUCUGAAUGUGAUGACUUCUUCAACACAGAACCAUACACUGCAUCAUGCUCUGCAUAGUCUCCAGGAUACAGUACAGCACAGUGUUACUUCAUCUGACUCACUAAACCAUGUUUUGCUUCCCAUCUUAAAAGGCUUACCUUUCUUCAUGGGAUGCAGCUUCAGAGUACAACACAAUGAAAUAGCAUUGUUAUGGCAGUAAAAUAGGAGUGGUUCCUUUACUCUGAAUAAACACAUUCUGGUCAUAUGGCAUCCAGUCUAAAGGGCAGUAUCUGGUGUUUGGAACUUUAUUUACACAAGCAAACCGCAAUGAAAUGAAUUUGGUAACGGAUCUUUUUCCAGAUUGGAACACUGUGUUCUGAACCAUCAAGAGUGUGUAAGCAGAUCAUAAUAUCCCCAUGGAAUAACAAAACUGCUGCACUCCGUAUGGAGGUUUCACCAGCAUCAGAAGAUGAAUCUCUUGGCCUGUACCAGGUCCUGGCACUUGACCCGUUUUCUUAUGAACAUAACACUUUUUUUUGAAGUUUUGUAAUGAGCUAUGUACAGAAAGGUGCGGUCACCAAUCCACACCUCUCCAAGCCUGAGAACAUAUUAUUAUUACGUGAGAUACAUUUUAGGAACAUAGAACUCAUUUUGAUAGUUCUCAGAAGAGGGUACUUUCUAAUAUUCUAAAACACUAAGGAUAUGACUUUGUGAGGGUGAGGAAGUGCAUAGCCCACUUCAUUAGGAACAGCGAAUUAAUCAGAGAUAUACCCGGUGCUUUGUACUGUGUAGCUUUACCUUAAACCUUAGAAACAUCUACAGUAUGUGAUGCACACAGCUGUAAAUUGGGUUGUUAAGCUUAAAGGACCAGUAACACCAAAAUAAUGAAUGUUCUAUAUUAAACAAGAUCUUUAAGUCCAAUAAAUGUAAGAAUAUUUUGAUAACCAUGAAUGUUUGUGCUCUCGUGUCUGAAGAAAUGUUGCAUUCACUACCCCAACUAAUUUGGCGUAGGCUUCAUUGUAAAGCAUUGGGUAAUACACAUUCAUGAUUUGGCCAAAGAGUCCUACAGCAUUAAAUAAAGGUAUUUUAAAUAAUAUAUCAUGCAUUCUGGAAAUGAUGGAGCCUUUGUGAAUUUUUUUUUAUAAAAACAUAAAGGGCAUUUUAAUUAUUUUGUUGUUACUGGCUGUUUAAGCGGUUCUUAAUUGUUUGUUUUUCUGAAUUUUACAUUAUAUUAUAUAACAUAGAAUUUUUAAAUGUUGAAACGUUACUUUUCCCCCAUAAGUAGCUUCUAUUUAUAGGUUCUUGUAAGAUGGGAGUCUUUUAUACAGCAGCUCCAUGCAUAAAUUGUGGUGUACGCUUGUGAGAUUUUCAAUAUGCCUAUUAUACGAAAGUUAAAAUGGUGCAGAAGUUCAAGUGAAAUAUGUACCCUAUAUAGGUACACACAAAUUGUCUUCCAUUUAUUUUACUAGUAAAAUAGUGAAGUAUGAGGAACAAGCUUAUUGUAUGAGCUAAUGCUAUUUCUCUGAGUUGCCAAUUUUUUUCAGAGACCUUCUCUAUAGAUAAACAAAGAAAACACCACCUCAUUAGUAGGCUUGGGCGAAUUUGAUCCCUACUCAUUAGUACUCGGUUCAACACUGGUUUAUAGCUGUCUAUGGAAACCACUCCUUCUCAUAUAUGGAAAUGCAGAUAUGCAGAGGGAAUGUUUUCUGCAGUGCUCUCAUACUUCACUAGGAAAUAAAGGAAACCUGGAUGUUUGCCCACAAGCAAGCCUAAAUAAGCUUUCAACUCCUAUGUAACAAAGUAAUUGUCAAAAUCAUAUGAACAGGUUCAUAAUCUAAGACCAUAGUCACUUAUAGAGUGUUUAGGUUCAUUAAUGUAUAUACUAUAUGCAUUUUUUAUUUUGUGCUGCUGUAUGAAAGACCAAUAAUCAGACUGGUAAAAAUAUAUUUUCUAUUUUA